UAAAUCGCGCCUAAUAACUACCUUAAACACAAUAGAAAACCCCCAAACUCCGAAGAAAAAUCGAAUGAUUCUUAUAAGAGCAUAAAAAACACCAGCAUCAUGACUGACGAAGAGGAUCUCACCCCAAAAUGCUGCGCUCCAUUCCUCGCUCUCACAGAACCCAUCGAAGUCAGCGAGCUAGGAUCAGACGGGCUCGACAAAUCCGCAUUUUUCAAGUGGCCGUGGCCCAGCCCGCUCUUGUUCAUCAACGAAAGUACCUUCCUUUCGUACCUCCGCCUGUCGAUAUACAUGGCCAUCGUCUCCGUCGCCAUAACCGUCUCGUUUCACAUCAAGGGCACGCCCAGCGAUCUCGAGCGCCGGGUGUCGAAGCCGCUUGGUGGCAUUUUCUGGGCAUUGUCUGUUGUGACGCUGGCUCUGGGAGCGGGAAACUAUAUCAGGACCGUCAAUUUAUAUGGCCGAAGAGCCGCUAUUGUGCAAUCUGGUUGGAAGACUCAAGUAGUGUUGGGUGGGAUAGCAGUUUCAAUUAUUGGAACAUGCAUCAUACUUUUGGUCAUAGAUAAAGUACGUCAAAGAUGACGAUAUUCAGCAACUUGGUACUUCGAGAUAUCAUACACAAUCUUCUUUACUCUGGUC